GCGCAGCGCAUGGAGCCCGGCGGGGACCACCGGAGCCGGAGCGGCGGCGGCAGGGGCGGCCCCGGGCCAGCAGGAAUCUCGGUGCGGGGCCGACGGCUGCGGCCCGCCGUGCCGAGCGGCGGCGCGGAGCCCGAGGAGGACGACGGCGGACAAGAUCUUCAGCUGGAAGGGGGUGCCUUGGGGUCCUGGGGGAGUACCCCCCUACCCUCCAGGGCCAGGGGACCAGCAUCUUCAGGCAGGAAAUACUCAGACCAUUGUGAGGCCCGGGCCUCCAGGCCUGGAAAGAGCCGCAUCCCUGGCCGAGACCACCGACGCUACUACCACGACCAUUGGCGACUGGAGUACUUAAUGGACUUCAAUCCCGCCCGGCACGGCAUGGUGUGCAUGGUGUGCGGCAGCUCCCUGGCGACCCUCAAGCUCAGCACCAUCAAGCGGCACAUCCGCCAGAAGCAUCCCUACUCCCUGCAUUGGAGUCCCCGGGAGAAAGAAGUCAUCAGCAACAGCUGGGAUGCCCACCUGGGUUUGGGGGCCUGUGGCGAGGCUGAGGGCCUGGGGGUCCAGGGGCCUGAGGAGGAGGAGGAGGAGGAGGAAGAAGAAGAGGAAGAGGAGGGGGUCAGCCUCCAAGCUUGCCCACCCAAGGGCCCAGGCAAAGCCUCAGCUGGUGGGGGCAGCCGGCGCCGACGAGGGGGCCCAGUGGCAUCCCGGCGCCGGCGUCUCUCUGCCUCCAGGAGGGCCGGGGGCAGCAGGGGGCUGGGGGCCCGGCGUCUGGAGCGGAGGCUGAAGGAGUCCCUGCAGACCUGGUUCCGGGCCGAGUGUCUCAUGGACUAUGACCCACGGGGGAACCGGCUGGUGUGCAUGGCUUGUGGCCGCGCACUGCCCAGCCUGCACCUGGACGACAUCCGUGCCCACGUGCUGGAGGUGCACCCCGGCUCCCUGGGGCUCAGCGGCCCCCAGCGCAGUGCCCUGCUGCAGGCCUGGGGUGGCGAGCCUGAGGCGCUGUCCGAGCUCACCCGGCCCCCAGCAGACGAUGACCUCGUCCCCCAGGACCUGACCAGAAAGAGCCAGGACUCGGCCCCCGCUGCUGGAGCCUCCUCCUCUGGGGAUUUCAGCCCCUCAGACGUAAAGGAAGAGGCUGGCGGGGACUCUGAGAGGCCCGGGCCUGCAGAGGAGGAGACCGCGGAGGGCGCGGGCGCGGGCGCGCGGGCUGGGGACCCGGGCCAGCCACCCCGGGGCCGGGAGCGCUGGCGGCUGGAGUACCUGCUGGAGCUGGAUGGCGGCCGCCGCGGCCUGGUGUGCAUGGUGUGCGGGGGCGCGCUGGCCUCGCUCGAGACUAGUGCCGUCGAGCGGCACGUCCGCCGGCGCCACCCGGGCACCUCGCGCCGCGGCGGGCCUUUCCAGGAGUGGAGCGAGAAGGGCACCCCACUGCUGGCCCUGAGGCUGCCUGGCCCGGAGUCCCCCCGGGGUCCUGCCGAACCCCAAGCAGCAGCGGGCUCCGAGGCGGGGGAAGGGACCGAGGAGGAGGAGCCGGAGGAGGCGUGGUGGGGCGAUGUCUUGCUGUCUCCCGGAGCUCCCUCAGAGCGACCCACCGAGGAGGACGAUGAUGAAGAGGACGGCCAGGAGCCCGUGGGGCUGGCCUUUCCGCCGCUGCCACCUCCUCCGCCUCCGCCUCCGCCUCCACCCCGCAGCCGAGAGCAGCGGCGGAAUUACCAGCCGCGCUGGCGGGGCGAGUACCUUAUGGACUACGACGGCAGCCGGCGCGGCCUGGUGUGCAUGGUGUGCGGGGGCGCGCUGGCCACGCUCAAGGUGAGCACCAUCAAGCGGCACAUCCUGCAGGUGCAUCCCUUCUCCAUGGACUUCACGCCCGAGGAGCGCCAAACCAUCCUGGAGGCCUACGAGGAGGCGGCGCUGCGCUGCUACGGCCACGAAGGCUUCGGGCCACCCGCCCCGGCGCCGCGCGAUGGCGGUGCUGACCUCAAACCGGGCGCCGUGUGCCGGGCGUAGGCGACUCUGGGGCGGGACCCGGCGGGAUGGAGCCGGCCCAGCGGGAGCGGCCGGGCGCUCUCUGCCGCUGCUGCGCCCCCCGCUGGCCGGGCCGGGCGGACCUUAGGGAUUGUGGCGUCUAGCUACUUCGGCGUCUGAGCUGGGAGGUUCCCUUUGGGCGGCGCCCUUGUCGUGGAGCCCCGGCCGUUCAGUACAGGGCCUCGCGCUUUCCCACCAGCCCGAGCCCCAGGCGGUCUCCUGAGUGCGAGCACCGAGCGCCUCCAGCCCGGGCCGCGCCCCUGCGUGCUUCUCUGCCGGGUGCGAACGGGGCCCUGUCAGUAUUGUGGCCGAAAAGGGGACGCGGCAGUUCCUCGUCCAGCCCUGGCCGGGGCCCAACUCCCGGUGGCCUUGCACACCAGCGAGCGCAGCUCCUACCUCCGGGCGCUGACGCACUGCCCUCGGUCAUCUUGGCCUCUCGGAGGCCCAGGUCGCGCAUGGGGCCCACGACGGGGUGGUGCCCGAGCUCGGGGGUGAGGCCUGGGCCGGGCCAGCUGCGCCCGCCCCGGCGGCUCCGCCCCUCGGGUUGGGGCCCCGCCCUCCCGUCCUCCCCACCCGGGUAAAGGAUUUAGCACUUUUUUCCUUGGCUCUUCUCUUGCCCCAGGGACUCCAUUUGCCCCUAAGCUGAAUCUGGCGCGCUCGACCCGGCGCCAGGUCCAUCCAAGUCGGGGCACAGGCGGUCCCGGCGGUUGGCCUAUAUUCCCGCCCCUCCCUCUGCCCUUUUGUCCUUGGUGGACGAGUUACCCGGUUUCAGCUCUGGGGGCUGCUCCCGCCAGGGCUCUUGGGGUGAGGAAGGGGCCCGUGACCUCCCAGGCAGGUCCGAGAGGGAUAUGUUGAUUCAUUCUCCCGUGGAGAACAGGCGGCCCCGAGAUCAGGCCCCGUUUUUUUUUUUUUUUCCGCUCUUUGUAUUUUAUUUUGAAACUGUAUUUAAUGCUUUUAUAUGAAGGGGGAGGGGGCGGGAAGAACUGACCCGAUCACCCUUAACGUGCAAAUAUCUUAUUUAUUACGCGUAUAUCAGAGAUAAGCUGUAAGGGGGUGGAGGAGGGACCUAGGCGGUGCAGGCCCGAGGCGGAGCAGGAAUGGGAGGGCACUGAAUGUCCCCUGCGCCUGCCGCCCCUGUCUCUGGGCCCCAGUGUAGGGAAGUCUUGUGGGGGCAGUGCCCUGUCUUAAAGUCAGGGUGUUGGGGCCAGGGGCAGAGGCCUCCUGGCUGCAGGGUGCGUGAGACAAUGGAAGGCAAGGAAGCAGCCGCAGUCACUCCGCCCCAGGCCAGAGCCCAAGGUUCAAGUGCCUCAGGCCCAGUCCCCUCGACUUCCAGAUUGGGAAUUGCAUUUUGUACCACAGGUUUUAUAGCGUUUUUAUAUAACUCAAGGUCGUAGAAUUGAAUGGGAACCCUGGAGAUCCACUAGCACCCCCACCCCCCCAUUUCAGGGACAGGGAGCAUCCCAAAACUAAAAUUACCACACAGGCAGGUAGCAACAGUACAAGAGCUAGAAUAGAAAUCUUAACUCCCAUGUUCUUUGCACUAUGCCACACUGCCCCCCAUCUCUGGUGUUAGAAUGUCUUCAGUCAGGUCUGCUAAGAGGCUGGCAUGUGCCCAGUGCCACAGGCCACCACAGCAAGGUUUUGACUCCCAGGCCCCGUGGGGCAAGCUCCUGACUCUCCUGGCCAUGGGCCUUGGCAGAGCUGGCCCAGCAGCCCCUGGCCAGUGUCUGUCCCACAGGACAAACCUCUGGCCUUGUGUACUUUGCUAGGUACCCACCAGGAACCCAGGAACUGGCUGCAAGGUGAACUCCCAGUGAGUCUGCAGUACCUGGGUUUUCAUGACAGUAUUAGAAAUUUAGACACUAAGGAUGGCACCAGGCAGGGCACUGCCAUUCUGUUCUUUUACUUUCCUUCACGCAUGUUGCUUCUUGCAAACCUAGAAUGAGUAUUUUUAUACCGUGUUGUUAAACAGUACAAAGCCCAUUGCUGAAGGGAACAGGUUGAGUGGGUCUCUGGCCCUUACCCAGCAGGCCUCUAUGGUAGCUUUCAAAGCGUGGCCUCCAGCGGGGGAACCUAUUAGGGACUUGGUAGAGGUCUGAAUUCUUGGGCUUAACCAAAACUCUAGCAAGGCAUUCUAAGAGGCCACCAAAGGUGCUUUGGUGGCUGGUGCAGUGCAGUUGACUGUGGCCUCAGUUAGGGGCCCAGGGUCAGUCAGUCCUUCUCUCUAGGUGAGCCUCCUCAUCUGGGUUUUGAUAGGAACAGGUGAAGUUUCAUCAUGUUUUGUUUUGUUAAUGAUAUGCUUGCUAUUAUGGCCAAUAUGUAAAUGUUACUCUGAAUACAUAUUUAUAUACUAUGUUACUUAGUGACAUUAUUUGAACAUUUGUGUGUUUGUGAAGUUGUUUGCAUCAGUCAUUUAAAAAUUUUUUCAACUUAAAUUUUCUAAGAUGUUGAAUAAAUUUUUAAUAUCCAGCUUGGGUCACAGCAGCCUUAGUUUUGGGGAAGAGCAGUAUGGAGUUUUUAAAGUGAAAAUCUGCUGUGUGGUGACUGAGUUUUAGUGCUUUGUGGCUGCCUCAGGUUCAUAGGGUGCUUCAUGUUGCAAGCCAGGAACCCUCCCAAGCUGGCCCCUCGCCCUUCCAUCCUUAGCUUUUUUCUGAGCUCACCUCUUAGAGGUCCUCUGUUUUCUUUCGGAAGCCAAACUGCACAGCUAUGCUGUAUACUAUGGAAAUCCUGCAAUCCUGGGAAUCCAUAUAAAUUGCUCUUUAAAGCCCCCAAGGUGAAGUGAGAAUGGGGGGGAGUGGAAGCCUUGUUCAAGUCUUACUUUACCCAAACUGUGUAUAAAGAAUAAAGUUAGGAGAAUGACA